UUUUUUUUUCCUUUCUCCCUUUACCCCUCGUGUGCUAGGAAUCUUACCUUUGCAAGCACUAAAUUUUUUAAACAUCCACGAUCAAUUUUCGGUCUGUUCGAUUGUUUACCAGAUUUUUCCUCUGGCUGAUAUACUGCACUUGCCUGUACACUUGGUACAAGCCAUCUCUGCCAAAAUGUCGCAAAAAGUUUAUGUCACCUAUAACCAGGUGCACAAGCUGUGCCAGUCCUCAGCUGAUAAAAUCCUAACCACCUUUCACCCUAAUCUUAUGAUUGCUAUUGGCGGUGGCGGAUAUGUCCCUGCUCGUAUUCUCCGGUCCUUCCUCAAGCGCGCUGGUGAGCCCAAUAUUCCCAUUCAAGCCAUCGGCCUGUCGCUCUACGAGGAUCUGGGUCGUGGUGAUGCCGAGGAGGUGCCGGGGACCAAGGUGACUCGGACACAAUGGUUGGAUCUUAGUUCUUUGGAGAUGGCAAACCUUAUCGGCAAGAACAUACUUAUUGUGGAUGAGGUUGACGACACUCGGACCACUUUGGAAUAUGCAGUUCGCGAGCUUCAGAAGGAUGUUGAGCAGGCACAAAAGCAGCUUGGACGGGAAGGCGAAAAGACGAAUUUCUUUGUCUUCGUGCUUCAUAACAAGAACAAGACCAAGAAGGGAGUACUUCCCGCUGAUAUGAUGGAUUCCGGUCGCUAUCAUGCUGCCGUCACAACUGACGAUGUUUGGAUCUGCUAUCCAUGGGAAGCCAAGGAUAUUGAUGAACAUGAUGCGUUGGCCAAGGAGAACCCUCUCUUUUAAAGCCUUCGUUUAAUUCCUUAUAAACAUUUCCUCCAUGCCUACGCAUUUUGGCUUUCAUUUGCUGGCGUAUAUUUUUAUUAUCAUGACCAAAACAUGAUUGGGCAUGUCACGAUAUAAACGGUGCCUUGACGACAAUUGAUAGACAUAAAAAAGCAAGAAAAUUCAAAAUAACACGAUACACUUAAAGGUGCAACGUCCUCAAAAAGCAAAAAAGGGGAGGCUGUCUCUGAUGCUCGAUGCAGUUUGAAAAGGCUAUUUUUCCCAACUCGUUGCUGGUCUGUCCUC